AUGGCCCUGGACACUGGGGAUACUAACACACAGCUAUGGGACUUGUGGCACGAGGGGACAGGUGGCAGGUCCUUGUCCUCACCUGGCUGGGGCGUCCCGGGACAUAACACCCAUGACCUCUCACCCCAACAUUCUUGGCUUCUGGAAUCUUCUCCAGCUACCUUUUCCAGAAGCUCCGGGUUCACGGCAUGGAAAGCGGCUCUGCCUCUGGUCCUCGUGGCAGUGGGACUCCUGACAGCUGGAGGCCUCUGUAUCUUCUGGAAACGUCAAAGGGAAAAGAACAAAAGACGGCUGGAAGAAGACAGGGAGCGAAGAGAAGAGAAGCAGCAGCCGCCCGCCGGCAGCGAUGAGACGGAGCCAUGGCGCGUGAGCCCGAAGCUGGACCCGGACACCGCGAGCCCCAAGCUCAGCCUGUCCGAGGAUGGGAGAAGCGUGUGGCGGCUGCUGUUCCCGCAGGACCUGCCCCCUGGCCCCGAGAGGUUCGAGCCGGAGCCCUGCGUCCUGGGCCGGGAGCGCUUCUGGACGGGGAGACACCGCUGGGAGGUGGAGGUGGGCGGCAGGCAGGCCUGGGUGCUCGGCGUGUGUGUGGAGGGCUUGCCGAGGAAGGGCAGGGUCCCCAAGGCUCCGCGGCACGGAGUCUGGGCGCUGGAGCUGUACCGGGGGCGCUGCCGGGCCCUGUCCUUCCCCAGGACACGCCUCCAGCUGGCCCAGCCCCUCCGGCGGGUGGCCGUCACCCUGGACUGCCACGCCAGCAGCAUCUCCUUCCACAGUGGGGCGGACGGCUCCCUGCUCUACACAUUCUCUGGACUUGCCCCUGGGCCCCUGCGGCCAUUCUUCUGCCUCUGGACCCACGACUCCUGUCCCCUGAUCAUCUGCCCGGUGGGCCGAGAGACCCGGAAAGAUUCCGCCGACUCCGGAGACCUCUGGCUUUCCCCGGGAAACUCCAGUGGGGGAGACACCACGUCCCCCAUAGACAAGGACACUCCCCGGGCGAGGCUCACAUUCUCACCCAGCCCUGUCCAGCUCCGGGAGGAACGUCCAGCCCCUAAAUCUCAGCAGGACUGUGUCUGAGGGCGUGGCUCAGGGCCGCAAUCCCCCGUCCCAGCUCCAUCCUUCUCCUGUAAAAUGAUGGCACUAUGGUAAGCACUGAAUCACGCCCCUUCCUAGGUUGACGUCCUAACCCCUUGACCUCCGAAUGUGGCUGUUUGGAGAUAAAGCCUUUAGAGAAGGAAGUGAGGUCAAAGAGGUCAUGAUGUGGGCCCCAAUCCCAUAGGGCUGGUGUCUCCAUAGAAGGGAGGUCAAGUCACAGGCACAGAGGCAUGGCCCUGAGAGGGUCUGAGAAGCCCAGGAGAGAGGCUGAGGAGGAAAUGGCCCUGCCAACCGACGCCUUGGCUCGGCCACCGGCCUCCAGGACUGGAGACGGUCCGUGUCCGCCUUUAGGCCAGGCCUGUGGUCCUUUGUUACAGAGGCCCAGGCAGAUUAAUAAUAAAGAGUAGUCAGUACACCCCUGGGCUCCUCUGUGACAGGCAGAACUUGGGGCACGUGCAGAACCAGCAGCCCAGGGCCCUCAUGCUGCUCCAUAAACAGCAGCCCUCCUCCUCCUCCUCCUCCUCCUUUCUCUC